AUGGGCGUAUCAACAGAUAAAGUUAAUAUGUCCAAGGACACUCAAAGCGAGGCCAGCUCCAGUGAGCGACCGCCGUCAUAUUCUGAUGACCCAGUAGCGCAACUAUCGGCGGAGUUGAAGUUAAACCUCAAAGUAUCCUCUGACAUCAAGUCUAUCAGCCGGGAUGAAUGCAUCGCACAUCUCAAGUUCUUGGCUGUACUGGCAGACCUACGCGAGAACGUCUCAGGUGAUGACGGGCUCUUUGGUAUCAAAGACAUCGAUGCCGACAGAUUCCCCGAAGCGAUGAAUGAAGCGAGGGCUCGAAUCCGCGAGAAGCGCUGGGCUGUGUACACAGCUCGUGCAGUUGAUCGAUAUACUACAUGGUGGGCGACUGGUCUUCCGCGAUCAAGACAGAAUGCAUGCUUGAGUGAUGUGGAACGUUCGGACUAUGAGGACAUCAUCAAUCCAGCAACUCUAGUGGCAUGGAGCCCCGACAAUCUGCCUCCGAUCGAUAUCUUGAUGGUCUGGCAUGCUCAUUGCUUGAAUCCCCGCAACUAUCUCGAGGAUUGUAUCCGAUAUGGCAAAAUGAGCACUUGGAAGACAGGCUUCCCCUGGGAGAUAAUUGACAGUUGCAUUGACAACCGCAAGCUGGAAUUCAACGUCUCGGACGAGGCCCAGAAGAUCUUCGAGCAGAAGUUGAACAUCAAAUGGAACAAUCUGCACGACCCGCCGACCAAGACAAUUCAAUGCCCUAGCUGUAUAAAGAUGGUUACUGUCCAGUGGACAGAAGCUCUUUUCGGAAAUACCGUCGAGAACGCUUUUAGAUUCGGCGAUGGGUACGCAGACAACUCAUUCCAAACAUCAUGCUCUCACUGCCGUCACACAAUCGACCACGGCCGACUCAAGGUCGCCAAAUUCCGAAAGGACCUCGAAGCUACAAUGCACGCCGACAUCCCCAUGCCCGGCUCAUUCACUAACCUCCACGGAAUCCCCGAAGGCCCAAACGACAAGGUCAGCGGCCACCCAAGCCUCAACCACAUUCUUUUCCCCACGCGCCUCCUACAAGCCGUCGGACCAGAGCUACUCAACUUCACCGAUCCCCGAGUCGACUGGUGCAAAGACAUUCACGACCUUCGCAAAGAACUAGAGCCCAAACUCCGCGAUCGAAAGGCCCUAAUGGAAGCCCACGGCAACAUAUACGUCAAGCGCCUACGCCCAGAUGAACGAAUCCAUUUCCGUCGCCUCAUGUCCAGAUACUGGGACAACCUAGGCCCAUUCGCCUUGGACCUAGUCGGCGCCGUAAUCCGGCAAGGAACAUUCAUCUCCAAAAUGGACCAAAUCGACUGGCUACACUCGCCAACCGUCCACGACACAAUGACCCGUCUGAUCAAAAAAUACGAAGUCUUCUUCCAAAUAAUGAUGGACCACCCCAGAAACAUGGCCGUCCCAACCCUCGACGUCGACCUAGCCUGGCACACACACCAACUCUCCCCAAGCCGCUACUACGCCUACAGCACGAAAUCCCCCACAAAAGCAGGCAUCCGCGUUUUCAUCGACCACGACGACAAAGUCGACGAGGAUAAACUCUCCGACGGCUUCGCCUGGACCAGCAAGACCUACCGCCGCGUCACGAACGGCGCCAUCUACUCCGAGUGUACAUGCUGGUACUGCGAAGCGACCCGAACGCCCGAUCUCUACGACAGACUCAUAACCGUUGGAUCGGCAUCGCGUGCACGCGACGCCGCAGACUCGCUGCACGACCGACCCGACAUAUCCUCAGACCCAAACAAGAACCCGCACAUCUCGGCGCAUAAUGCCGUGCGGCCUGAUUCGCUGUACGCCCCUGACCACCGCGGCUCGGUGAACUAUUUGCAGCUCAGGUCGAAUUAUCAGAAGGCUGCGAGGCGCGCUGAGAAGAGGGGGAGGUUGAGGUCUGGCUCGAAGUCUUCUGUUUUUUCUUCCGCUGAGAAGAAGAAGGAGAAGGGCAGCGAGCGGGAGAGGAACGCUGCCACUGAUCCUUAUUAUAUGCCCUAUGCUUAUGGGUUCCCGAUUUUCGUGCCCAUUUAUGCGCCUUACAUGGCGGAUCCGUGUAUCAAUUCUGAUGUUUAUGCCAAUAAUCCUGGCUGUAUGAGUACUGCUUCUGGGGCUGUUGGGAAUUGUUGUUCGGGCACUUGUGGUGGUUCUGUAGCUGCAGGUGCCUGCGGUGGACUUGGUAGUGGAGGUGGAUGUGGCGGAGCAGGUGGAUGCGGCAGCGGUGGAGGCGGAUGUGCCGGCGGAGGCGGUUGCGGAGGUGGUGGUGGUGGAUGCGGUGGAGGUGGAGGUGGUGGAGGCUGUGGUGGUGGUGGUGGAUGUUGA